AGACAACAAACAUUGACUUUGCUGCCAAACAUUGACUCUAGUACAAAACAAGAGACACUCAUCUCCAAUUUAGAUCUAAGCUAGACAACCAAAAUCAGAACCAACGAAAACUUAUAAUCCCAGCUUAUGUACACUCUUGUAAUUCUUCUCAACUUCCAUGGCCAUCCUCACUGAAUUACCAGAAGAACAAGAAGCGGCAAUGACAUAUGAUGUUUUCCUGAGUUUCAGAGGGAAAGACACUCGUCUGGGUUUUAUGGAUCACCUCUACCAAGCUUUGGUGAAUGAAAACAUCUCUACCUUUCUUGAUGAGGAAGAGGUUGAAACUGGGGAAGAACUUAAACCAGAACUUGCAAGAGCUAUAAAAAGCUCUCGUGCUUCGAUAAUCGUCUUGUCUAAGAACUACGCAACUUCAACAUGGUGUCUGGACGAGCUCUUGAUGAUCUUAGAGCAACGACGGGUCUCUGACCAUAUUGUUCUCCCCAUUUUUUACAACGUUGAGCCGACACAUAUCAGGAAGCAAGAAAGCACUUUUGGAGAAGCGUUAUUUGAACACAAACAGAGGAUUGAGUCCGAAAAGGAUGCGGAGAAGAAAACUCAAGGUGCUCGUAAGUUGGAGAUGUGGACGAAAGGACUUACAGAAAUUGCUGAUUUGAAAGGAAAAGAUGCAACUGGGAGAAGAGAGACGGUGGUCAUUGAAGAAGUCGUGAAAGAAAUCAAUACUAGACUGGAACUACACUUGCAAAGGAGAAUCCCACACCUAAUUGGGAUGGACUAUUCUAUUUAUACAAUCAGUUCCUGGUUGAAAAGAGGAUCUUCUGAAGCUGCUGAAAUUCUCACAAUUUGGGGGAUGGCCGGGAUCGGAAAAACAACAUUGGCAGAAUAUAUGUACAUGUUGCACUACCAUGAAUUUGAAAGAAGCAGCUUUGUUGAAGGCAUUGGAAGAAGAUAUGCACAACAGAUAGAUUUGCAAAAACAGCUUCUUGGAGACAUUCUCAAGAAAAGAAAUAUUGAAGAACAUGAUGCAGAUCGUUGCACAUCUAAGAUUGAAAAAGCAUUAUCUAGGAAAAAAACACUUUUGGUUCUUGAUGAUGUAGAUAACUCUGAGCAACUGGAUGUGUUGAUUGGAACAAAAGGUUUUCAUCCAGGAAGCAAGAUUAUAGUAACAACCAAAGAUGGGUCCCUAACAAAAAAGUGUUCAUUGUUUCGUAUGAAAUUUCCUCCAAAACAUACAAAGCAUGCACUUCGUGUCUUAAGUGAUACUGAAUCUGUGAAACUUUUAUGUUGGCAUGCGUUUGGAAACAAUGAUCCCAAGAAAGGUUAUGAGAAAAAAGCAGAACAAGUUGCCAAGUAUUGUGGAGGACAUCCACUGGCUCUUAAAGUUUUGGGUAGUUCAUUAAUUAAUGAAGGUGCAGCCAUAUGGAGUGAUGUCCUUGAAAUGUUGGAGGCAAAUGGAUAUUUAACUGAUGUACAAGAGAAUGUACAAAAGGCUCUGCAAAUUAGCUUUGAUUCUUUAUCAGGGGACUGUAAAGAACUUUUUAAGCACAUUGCUUGCUUUUUUGUUGGAAAAGAAAGAGAAGUUACAGAAACAAUAUUAAAGGAAUGCGGGUUUCAAGUAUCAUAUGGGAUCACCAAGCUCAUUGAUAGAUGUCUUCUCACAAUUGGAGCAAAUAAUAUGAUGACAAUGCAUCAGUUGCUUCAGGAGAUGGGGAGAGAUUUAGUCCGCAAAGAAUCACCUGAUAAGCCAUGGAAGCGUAGUCGGGUAUGGAAGCAUGAGGAUUCCUUCGAUUUGUUAAAAAAGGACAAGGGUACCCAAAGAAUUCAAGGUCUUAUCCUUGACAUGAAUCUAUUGACAAAGGAGCUAUCGUCUAGAUCAAGUAGUGUGACAGAGCAUAACUUCCAAAAUGAUGAUGUGAACAAGACUUUUAGAGCUGCUCAACCAAUCCUGAUGGUCUAUAAUAAUAUGACACGGCUUUGGAAGAAGCCAAAGCUUCUUGGGUCAUUGAAGAUUCUUAAUCUGAGUUAUUGCAAGCUUGUUAGAGUUGAAGGCUUCUCUGGGCUACCUGCACUUGAGAGCUUGGGGUGGAAAAAUUUACACCAUGUGAAAGAUCACAAGGUGCGGAUAAAGGAUUCAUUCAUGGUGUCUCGUGCAAAGGAAAAACUCCCAAUACAGAUAUUUUACGAAUUUGGAAUAUUUAGCACAUGUUUUCCUGGGAAAGCAGUUCCAGAUUGGAGAUUACUCGCUUUUUUUCUAAAGAUCAUGAGCGUUUGUAUAAGGAGUUACUCUUAUUCUUGAAUGGCAAUUAUUAAUGGUCAACAAUUUAGCCAACUAGGGUGCAAAGCAUGUAGGAGCGACCUUUGAGGCUUUCUUGAGUAAAUGCAUCGAGCCGAUCUGCAUCCCAAACCAUCUCUUACUCACAGUUCCAUAUUCAUCUAUCUCUUUGGUGCUACUUUUGAAUAUGCAACAUUUCACUGAACUAACCUGCGAUGACCGAUGAUUGUCAUAUCACUUUUAGGGGGUGUUUAGGAUUGCUUACUUAAAAUAGCUUAUGAUUUUUUAUUUUAAAGUACUUACUAGUUCAUCCGGCAUUAAAACGG